AUGGCAGCGAUACCGAGGAGUGAGCGGAGCUUUGCCGGAGGGCACCCAACGCCCUAUGCAAAUUAUGCAGGGGAUACGCCUCGCAUUGCGCUCGUCGUGACCCCCUUUUCCGAUGAGAAUCUCCAGCUUGCGGCACAGAUCGGAGCCACUGAUGUUAUUUACUAUGACAUGGACAAGAUGCCCAGCACGGCCGCCGAGCUCAAGGAGCUAGUGCAGCGCUGUGCUCGCUUCAAUCUUCGGCUGUCGGCUGUUGAGGGCGGGCCACCCAUGGAUCUGAUUGUGCAGGGCAAGCCCGGACGGGAUGAGCAGCUCGAGUUUUACAAGCAGUGCAUUCGGGCCAUGGGGGAAGCACAGAUUCCCGUUCUUUGCUACAACUUUAUGCCCUGGCAGUUUCGCGUAGGCCGCACCAGCUACGAGGUGCCCAUCCGAGGCGGUGCCCUCUCUAGUGAGUGGCGCUGGGAAGACUUUGACGACACUGUGCGCACGGACGCUGGCGAAACCUCCCACGAAGACAUGUGGCAGAACCUAGAGUACUUUCUCAAAGCCGUGAUACCUGUGGCUGAGGAAGCUGGCGUCUAUCUGGCCUGUCAUCCCGAUGACCCGCCGUUUCCACGUGUUCGUGGACUUGCCCGUAUCCUCACUUCCCCCGAGGCCUUUGAGCGCAUGUUGCAUCUGGUGGACUCCCCCCACAACGGCAUUACGUUUUGCCAGGGCUGCUUCUCGGAAAUGGGCAUUGAUUUGCCCGAGGUGGUGCGUCGCCUGGGUCAUCGCGCACACUUUGUUCACUUUCGCGACGUUCAGGGUACAGCCAAGGAUGGCUUUGUUGAGACGUUCCAGGACGACGGGCAGACGGACAUGCUGGAGGCCCUGCGGGCCUGGCGUGACGUGGGUUUCAAUGGAAUCGUUCGUCCAGACCACGUGCCUCUACUGCCCACGGUUGAAGAGGGCCAUGCCGUCGGGGAAAAGGCUCGAGGGUACUUUUCAGGCAAAGCCAGUGGCUAUACGAUGAUGGGCCGCAUCUACGCUGUGGGCUACAUGCGUGGACUCUGGCACGCCGUUUAUGGCAAGGAGCGAGGAUCGGUUCGAAAUCAGCAGCUUGGUUCGACAAAUUAG